UUUUGGAUAUGAUGGAAAUCGGUAUGAUCUGGAGGAUCCUGUGCUCUUAGCUCCUUAUGAACCAAAUCAGAAACCUGACCUGGCCAUAAUUAAGGACAUAACUCAAACAAAAGGUGGGAGGAUGAUGGUAAUUGGGCAAAGAUUUUAUCGUCCUGGAGAGGCAGAAAAGAAAGAUGGUGGAUUUUGGCAAUCCAAUAAUACAAGAGAGCUGUUUUACAGCUUUCAUAAGGAUGAGUUUCCGGCAGAGUCUGUCAUGCACAGAUUUGUGGUGCAUUUUAUACCUCCAAAAAUGCAGAUCCCACCCAGAACAGAGCAGCCUGGUUUCAUUGUGCAAAAGAUGUAUUUAACUAAACGAAAACUGCUCUUCAAGCUUAAAGAUGCUGGAGCCAAUAAAGAAGAAGAGAUUGAUCUCCUUGUUCAGAAGACAAAAUCACGGCUAGGAAAUCUGCCUAACAUUCAGCCUAAGGAUGCUGUUGCUCAUUAGGGACAUCUAUGCUUUUUUUUUUUUGUCAAAACGAUAACAUUUGUAUUGAUUUAAAACUUGAUAAUACAAGUAUGCUUUACAAAAGGGGCUAGCUGUCCUCACAA